CUCAGUUUCAUUCGCCGCUUUUAGAUCAUGGCAGGGACUGGCAGGACGUGGGCAGCCGCCGCUGCCGCCUGCUUCAUGGUAGUCGUUUGCUAUGCGUACAUCGGAGGAGGAGGGAAUGGAGAAGCUUCUUUCUUGGCAUCCAAGUCCGACAUGAAGAGCAAGAACGAAGUUGCUGUUAAGGCUGCAGCAGACAUCGUCAAAGUUCUCAACGAGGGGAAGGAGGACGACAGCUCUGUGAAGAGUGUGAUCCAGUACUCCAAGACACACCAUGGACUCGAUUCGGGGGCCGCUGAGCUCCGGAAGCAACUUGGCACCCUGCAUGGUUUGGCUGCACGCAAGAAGGCAAUGAAUUCAGUGAUAUCCUCUGCCUUGGAUAUCAACAAGGCAAAGAAAGGUCAGAUCAAGCUUGCGAAGAAGGAGGCGCUGGCAAUCGAAAAGAUCCUCGACCAGAGCAGCAAGGAUGAGGAUGAAGCGAAGAGCAUCGAGAGUCGCGCGAAGAGCAGCGCCGGAUCGCAGAACUGGAACGAGUUCUGGGGUAGCAAACAUUCUUUGGUGUCGAGGUUGGCGAGCGAGAUGGAUUCAAAGAAGGCCAAGGAAACUUCCAAACACACGACAUGGAGCAGCGCAGAGAAGAGUAAGAGAGCAGCGCAGAAACCAAAGGAGAAUGUCCCGAGUGAAGUGGAGAAGAUGUGGAAUCUUCUAAAGGGCACAAGAACACAAAAAGCAGCAAGAAAGUCGCCGAAAUCUGCGAAAUCUGCUGAUGCAUCAACAAAGUCAUCUCAACUUGCUCUGAAAUAUUUCCAAACACAUCAAUCC